AUGGAAAACAUCACAGCCACUUUCAAGGACACCUCACGAGUCGUAAACUUGACUGAAAUCCCCCGAAAACCUUUGGAGGAGCAGAUCAUCACCAUCUUUUUGACUCUGCUGAUUUGCGGAGUGGGUAUCGCUGGUAACAUUAUGGUUGUUUUGGUGGUCCUCCGUUCAAAACACAUGGUUACGCCGACUAACUGCUACCUGGUCAGCCUCGCUUUAGCCGACCUGAUUGUCCUAUUGGCUGCUGGCUUGCCCAAUAUCUCAGAUGUGGUUGCAUUUUGGAUCUACGGCUACACCGGCUGCUUGUGCAUAACUUAUCUUCAAUACUUGGGCAUCAAUGUAUCUUCUUGUUCGAUUUUGGCUUUCACGGUGGAGCGAUACAUUGCAAUUUGCCAUUCGAUUAAAGCUCAGUUCAUCUGCACAGUUUCCAGAGCUAAAAGAAUAAUUGCUGGAGUUUGGGUUUUCACUUCCCUCUAUUGUGUUAUGUGGUUUUUCCUUGUGGAUAUAAACGAAACCAUCUACUCAAACGGCGUCGUGGUGACUUGUGGCUACAGGGUAUCUCGCAGUCUGUAUAUGCCGGUGUACUUCCUGGAUUUUGCCUUGUUUUAUGUCGUCCCGCUGUUUGUUGCAAUGGUUUUGUAUGGACUCAUAGCCAGAAUCCUGUUCAUGAGUCCGCUGCCCCCCCACCUCAACGACAGAGGAGGGUCUGUGCAUCACGCCAAUGGUACCGGCAAGAACAGCAAGGGGGUGCGCACGGCCAGGAAACAGAUCACAAAGAUGCUAGCUGUAGUUGUGGUCCUUUUCGCCGUGCUCUGGAUGCCCUACCGCACCCUGGUGGUUGUCAACUCCUUCAUCCAGCCUCCUUACCACAACUCCUGGUUCCUGCUUUUCUGUCGCAUGUGUAUUUACUCCAACAGCGCCAUCAACCCAAUCAUCUACAAUCUCAUGUCCCAUAAGUUUAGGGUGGCCUUCAAGAAGCUCUGUGCCUGCUCCAGAGAAGACAAAGAGGACAAGGCAGCAGAGUACAAUAUGCCCAUGUAUUUUACAGUACAGAGGGAUGUGUCCAAUGAAAGCCACAUGAUGCUAACAGAACCAGAAGAUGAGGAGGAGAGGGGUCCAAGCAUGAGGAGGCAGAAGAUGCACAGAUGUGACAAAAGUACAAUGACAAAUUCAUAG